GGGCUGGAGCGUAGGAGGGGCUGGGAGGAAGGCGCGGCGUGAUGGCGGCUGUCGUGUGCUGGCCGGGGGCGCUCUUGCGGUGGCUGUUGGUGGCCGGGAUUGUGACUCCGGCAUGGGGCCUCUACUUCCACUUGGGCGAGACCGAACGCAAGUGCUUCAUCGAAGAGAUCCCGGACGAGACCAUGGUCAUCGGGAAUUACCGGACGCAGCUGUUUGAUAAGCAAAGGGAGGAGUAUCUUCCUGCAACCCCAGGUCUGGGUAUGUUUGUGGAAGUGAAGGAUCCUGACGAGAAGGUGGUGUUGUCCCGACAGUAUGGCUCCGAAGGCAGGUUCACUUUCACUUCACACACACCUGGAGACCAUCAGAUCUGCCUUCAUUCCAAUUCUACCAAGUUUUCCCUCUUUGCAGGGGGCAUGCUGAGGGUCCACCUUGACAUUCAGGUUGGUGAGCAUGCCAACGACUAUGCUGAGAUUGCAGCCAAAGACAAGCUGAGUGAGCUACAGUUGCGUGUGCGCCAGCUUCUGGAGCAGAUAGAGCAGAUCCAGAAAGAGCAGAACUACCAGCGGUGGCGUGAGGAGCGCUUCCGGCAAACCAGUGAGAGCACAAACCAACGGGUUCUGUGGUGGUCCAUUGUCCAGACCCUCAUCCUUGUAGCCAUUGGAGUCUGGCAGAUGAGGCAUCUCAAAAGUUUCUUUGAGGCCAAGAAGCUGGUGUAAAAGAGUGGUGGGGACAGCAAAAGGCCUACAUUUUACACAGGAAAAAUUUCCAGCGCUUCAAGUGUUUGCACUGGUCCUUCUUCUCUCCUCAGUCAUCCUUUCCUCAAGAUUGUUGUUGGCCAGGAUCUGUGUCAUCUACCUCUCUCUGCCUCUCUCCUUCCCUCUACUUUCCAAUCUCAGCCCUGUGAUUCCAACGCAGUGUUGGCCCCUGCAAGGCACUGUGUUCUGUCCAGAAAACUGGCAACUGCUUGCUGCUGAGGUGCCUCAAACUUUUAAAUACCAUGUGAGGAAUUUGUGGGAAGGACCUGCUUAACAAGGGUCUCUUGUGUUUUGGACACUUGGGAUACUUUCUUUAGUCAACUUUUCAGAAUGUCAAAGCCAAGAAACUGAUGCUGGUUUUGAGUCCUCCUACACCUUUACUGGCUUUGACUUCUUGCCACCACCAGCAUGUUGCUCAGACAGAAAGUGCUGAAUGAGGAGAUCUGGAGUUUAUUCUCACAAUAUUCUGUCCUGUGUAUUCAUAAUGUGAAUAGAACGCAGACUGGUUUUGUGCUUAACUGCUAUCCUAAGGGCAAUAUUGGGAUUAUUUCUAAAAUACUGUGCGUGCGUGCGUGCGUGCGUGCGUGCGUGUGUGUGUGUGUGUGUGUGUGUGUUUGUGUUGGGGCUAGAGGGAGAGAGAGGAAUGUGAUAACCACUGGGAUAUUCAUCAGGGGUAGCUAAGUAUUAAAAUUUACUUGACUUUCCUUAUGUCUUCCUCCCAUUGCUUGUUAGAAUUAAAUGAGCUUUUCACAUAAACAUGCAGGUACCGUUUUUUUUUGUCAGAUUGGUACUUUAUUUCCUCACUAAUAUAAGAUUACUAAGUAGUUGUAAGUAGUAGGGUUUUUUUUUUUUACAAGCCUGGUACUUUUACAACAGAAACAUUUGAUAAUGCCUAUUCCUUAUUGCUCCAACAACUCAGUCUCAAACAUACUUGGAAGUAAUGACUGUUAAUUUCAAUAGGACUUGCCUCCUUCCAAGUAUGUUUUGCAGCUCAAAUUCUCCUUGGAAUUUGUUUAAUAAAAUUAAUUUCUAAGCAUUCAGCAAACUGUUACUGUAUAGAUGACAUUCAAAGAUUAUUCCAAGCAUUCUCUUUUAUUAAUCUUCUACAAGAUUUGUGAUGCUAGUAGGGAAGGGGAGGAAAGCAAAAGUACUGUAUUUGAAGGAUUUGUAUGCAAUUUCUGUUGUUUUAAGCAUUAAUUCUAAACCAGUGACUUUACCAAGAGUUUGCCUGGCCUGUUGUCACCUUGUCUGAAACUGACACACUCAUGAGGACAGGCCAGGUUUCCAUUUAUCUGUUUAUGUCAUACAGACAUGAAAUUAUUUCAUGUGCAUUUCUUGAGACUAAUGGUAGCAGAUGAGAGGAUGUUGUUUGCUCAGUUUACCAAUCCAUAUAUUAAUUGGUUCCAUUUAUAAGCAGGUAACUCUUCUUUUGACUAAAUGCAAGAAGGCAAGUUAUUUUGAUGCCCAAGUAGACUGCAAAGUAGUUUACUAAAGGCAGGAAUUACUUGCAAAGAACAAAUGCAGUCAAUUCAAUAGUCCAAAUUACACCAGGUUUAUAUAUAUGAGAUUCAGAAGAAUCAAUUCUGCACUUACUGAGGAAUACAACAUGUUGAAAUCCAUUAGUCUAAUUCAGAUCGUGAAACUUGCUAAGUAUUCAGUUUUGAAUAUUUUUGACCUUAUUAAAAUGGGCUUGACUGUGUCUUGCUUUAAAAUAUACCAUAAAAAUAAAAUAUCUUGAAAAUAUCUUGAAAAAACAGUUUGGCGUGUUUGGAGGCGAUGGCUCUUUCUUGCUCCGGGGAGGAGGAUUCCUUUAUUAGGUGGAUUCAAAGUGUAUUGGGGAAGGGAAUGUCUGCAUUUCAUGUGUGUGUAUUUUAAAGCCUUCACAAUACAAAACAUUUGGGAUAACUUGGAUAUUUGUCACGACUACACUGUCCAGACUUCAGUAUCUUCGCCAUACCCCAAGGACUCUAAAGCUACCUUGAUUUUAUUCCUGGAGGAACAAGCCAAGUAGUCACUCCUAUAUGACCAAGCACUGAUGAAGUGUGUGAAAAUGGACAGCAAACUGUGGGAGGCUGACAACUAAAGAUUUAUUGGUAAAGAGCCUGUUCCAAAGGGUGGUUGUGUACUUAUUUUAAUUUGAGGCCGUUUUAGCCUGGUUCCUACUGUAAUACAGAAUAAAACAAAUAUUAAAGAUGGUCUUUUCUUCAAA